AUGUUGUGUCUAAAUAGCCAGCAGUUGGCAGCGCAGCUCCUCGUUCCUGUCCCAGUUUUAGCUCUGGUUUUCCGAAGGUGUUUGUCUACAGACAGUGUUUUCCCUCGGUUCCGUUCGCGUACCAUGACCGAACAAUCAGCAUUACUUCUUCGAAAACAAUUAGCAGAGCUCAACAAGAACCCAGUGGAGGGCUUUUCAGCUGGUCUGAUAGACGAUGACGACAUAUACAAGUGGGAAGUUGUGAUAAUUGGUCCACAAGAUACUCUUUUUGAAGGAGGAUUUUUCAAGGCAUACCUAACCUUUCCCUAUGAUUAUCCGCUACGGCCACCAAAGAUGAAAUUCAUCACAGAAAUUUGGCAUCCAAAUGUUGCAAAGAACGGGGACGUUUGCAUCUCAAUUCUGCACGAGCCAGGAGAAGACAAGUUUGGUUACGAAAAGCCAGAGGAGCGCUGGCUUCCGAUCCACACUGUAGAGACAAUCAUGAUCAGCGUUAUCUCCAUGCUCGCAGACCCAAACAGUGAUUCACCAGCUAACGUGGAUGCUGCGAAAGAAUGGAGGGAGGAUCCUAACGGAGAAUUCAAGAAGAAGGUGGCUCGCUGCGUAAGGAAAAGUCAAGAGAUGGCGUUCGAUUAGGGGGUCUGCUGUAAAUUCCAGGUUAAAGGAAAUGCCUUCAGCGGGAAAACUUCAGCAAAAAGGCUUUUGCACCCUUUGUUUUGCCAGUCAAAGGAUUCGGUUGGACCCCAACCACGUUUCUGUGAACGGUCUGCCAGAUGAGCCAAUUUGAGAACACUACCAGCGAAAUUAUCCUGUUUCCUACCUGGAAUUGUAUAUUUAAUUUAAUUUAUUUUUGGAAAAACAAAAACAAGAAAAGAAUGAUGUAAGAUAUGUCACUACUGUAAAUGAACUUGCUUUUUUAUCUGCUGCUGAACAGUUUCUACUUUAUACCAGGUUUCUUAUGCAAUUUAGAUUGUGUAGACCGAAAACAAAAGCCUGUCCUCAUUAGGUCGCCCGUCCGUCCUCCUUUCACCAACCCCGGCCCGAUUGUCGUCGAUCCGACACGUUUUGUUAGUGGGUGUGUUUUUUUUGUUUUUUUUUCCAACCUGUCGUUGAAUCACCGUUGCCUUUUUGUUGGCGUCACUUUUUCACAGUUGGCUCUUUGUUUAAAGAAACAGGAGAAGUUUUAGUGCGACCUUAGGGGUUUGUAUGUGUUUCCUGAGAAACUGCCUCCCGAUGGUGUUUUUCUUCUAAUACCGGCGCAUGUUAGAGAUGUUCAAAGCCAUGCCCCUCCAAUGUGCAUAGUCCAUUUAGAUAGCUCUAUUGUUCAUUCUUUGUUGGGAUCUUUUUUUUUUUUUAUACAACCUACACAUUAAUUUGAGUUCUUCUUUUUAAUGAUAUGUUAACUCGGUGAGGUGUAGCAGAUGGUACAGGAAGGUUUGUGCCAACUUCUCAGGAUCAGGCUUCAUGAAGGUGUCGAUAGGCGGUCAGUAAGGUGGAUCCCUAGAGUCGUCCGUGAGUUAUCAUAAACUCAGAUUUGGAAUAAAUCAUGGCCAGAUUUUAAAAAAAGAAGUAGCUUAGAUUGUGAAUAUUCCACAUGUGGUGAACUGGUUCUUACCUCAUGCUUGACACACAGCUAAUUUGAGCGGGUUUAUGGUCGAGUUCUUGACCUGUUGAUGAAAGGUUCGUGCUUUUAGAGGCUCCAUUGUUCCGUUGGAUUAGUGGUUGUGUUUUUUCCAUGGCGCUUUUGGUUUUAUUAGUGUUCAGAUUAAAUCGCAUUCACAUCUGGACUUAGAUUCUUGAAUAAAUCUCUUUUGCUUUCUUCUGUCUAAAGUUUCUAUUGUCAUCAUGGAACAUUGUUGGGUUCCACGAUUGGAGACGUUAAAAUCCGGUAAAGUUUAGACACGUUCUCCAUAUUUCACUGAGCACAACCUAGAAAAAAGACUUCAAAAAGCAUAUUCUGGUUGGUAACAGACUGAUAGCCAUGAUUAUCAUCAGUUGUGAGGAACACUUCAGACAGCUGACCAGAUGUCAAGCAGUUAAGGUUAUGUUUAAAAUAGGAAACCUCCGUUGGUGCGCUCUGGCCGCCCGUGACAUGUACAGUUCAUACAUUUAUGCAGACAUAAUGGUCACGUCACUGAUGCCGACAUUACCAUUUUCACUUGAGAACCUUUCCGACCCACCAUGACCUCCUCUGACCGGUGUUCACUGUAUUGGCACAGAUGCGGUGCGUUUUGAAACGUCAUUCAUUAAGCAAUACCCUCUGAAAAUGGUAAUGUGUCCAGGUAAGCCACCAAGGGCGCCGCUAUUUGUUUCUUGUAGGUUGCCGUUUGGUUUUUUGUCUUCUUUCUUUCUUUUUUAGUGUUUUGUUCCAUUUUGUGUCAAUGCAAUGUAUAUUGGACAUGUUGCUCAAUAAAGUGUGUAAACCGA